GCGAUGACAUUUGUUUGACGUUUGAGUUUUGGAUUGACUUUUCAACUUCUUUCCAAUUUCGUGUAAAACGCAGUUCUUAUAUAUCUUAGAUAAAGAAAUGUUUACUUAGGCCAGUUUAUUACCAAAUAAAACGAGGACAGUUAAUAUAUAAAGAACAAAAUGAGCGAUCGCAUCUACAAAGGGUCAACUCGAUCCGCGCGUGAUGAUUCUAGAGCGGGCAGGGAGAGGCGGCGGUCGAGGUCUCGGUCUCGAUCUCCGAAGCGGAGGUCACCGCACACCGGGCGUUGGGAUGCAAGAGAAGAUUCUAGAAGUCGGGAACAUAGAGAUAAACAAAGUACUGUAGACAAAUGGGAGGAAUCUGAUGAAGAAGUGCCAGCACCGCCACCACCUCCACGCAUCAGUAAGAUUUCUAUUGGCUUCACCAAACCUAAAGCACCCAUUAAGAUGACACUGGGAAUGUCAUCUAAGGCUCCUGGUAAUGCAAAGCCUUCAGUUGCAUCAGUGUUCAAUGCUGAUGAUGAUGAUGAGGAACCUGAAGAGAUGCCGGCGGAGGCCCGCAUGAGGAUGAGAAAUAUCGGAAGGGAGACACCAACAUCAGCAGGACCCAAUUCCUUCGGCAAAACUAAGCAAGGUUUCUGUGACGCUAAGAAGGUGUUUGAAAAGAAUCUGAAGCAUGCUCUAGAAUCUGUGGACAAACCGACCAUGGCCAAGCUGCCACAGACUAUAUACAAAAUUAAAGGUCCAUAAUCAAUGUUUGUAGACUGUUGGUCUUGUCUUGUAGAAUUUUAUCUAUACUUGAUAAUGUUUUUAAAAGUGUAAUAUAGAUUUUAGGUAAUAUUUUCAAAUACCACACUCUUCAGCAUCUAAUAAUUCAGUUUAAAGUAGUUUUUUUUCUGACAACUUUAAUGGCAACAUUUAAAAACUUUUUAAUGAACUGAAAAAUGAAAUUUUUGUAAGUAGUAUUCAUU